AGUACUGUUUUGAGUAUUUUCAAUUCAGCGCCCCCUUUUUCAUUCAUUCACCUCUAUAAAUAAUUCAUCAAUUCCUACUGUAAUUCAUUCGGAUUGCCUUCAAAUAGUGGAUUUUCUGAUCCGCAGCGCGCACCAGUUUCCUUUGCCUUCAAUUCGUUGAUAUCAAUUGGAUUUUCUGCAGUGUGCAUCGCUUUGGUUUGCCUUCAAUCCGUUGAUAUCAAUCGCCUUAGAACCCAUCGAUUUUCAAAAAUCUAACAUACGAGAGCGGUUCAUCAGGUUUUUGUUUAUAACUUAACCUCAAAAUCGUUUGUUUUUUUUACAUUUGCUGCAUGUCCAUUCUUUUUAUUUUGCAGUUUCUUUAAAAUUUUAUUCAUCAUCGGUAUGUGUAAUAUAUACUCUGUAUAUAUGCCGUACUAGUUUUCUUAAAUUUGUCUCCUUUAUAGUCGUGUUUAAUUUUGCUUGUAAUCUUACAGAGUAUUGCAAAUUAUUGAGCUUCACUCUUGCUAGAAUUGAAAAAAAAAUUUAUUCAAAAAGCUUGAAAGGCAAUUCUGUUAUUGAGUACAAUAGUGGUAAUUACUUUUAUAGUGAUGGUAUAUAUGUACCAAUUCUUGUUCAAUCAGUUUUUGACAUUUUUGUACUUAUAUAUCUGAAAACUAACUUUGAACACUUGAACUGUUUCUUGUUCAAUCAGUUUUUUUUCCGAAAGUAUUGAUGGCUUGAUUUUCAAUUCUAAAUUUGUAUCUGAAAAGGUGUGAAAUUAGUUGAAUGAGUUGUCUUUGAAUUCUGCUUAUUAAACUAAUGAGUUUGAAUGAAGAAUGAAUUUUGAGAUACUCUAUAGGAGAAAGUUGACAGAGGGAAGGCUUGAUCUAGGAUUGCUUCUCUGAGAGAAGGCUGCCAGCAGCAGCGGAGAUGAAGAGACCAAGGGGAAAGCCGCAGAACAGUUUCUCAUAUGUGCAAAACUCAACCCUCAGAAUGGAGUUCCUUUUUGGUAUCUAAGUCAUUUUUAUGCCAGCUUUGCCUGUGGCCCUCAGGUUUCAUUGUUGCCUUUCUUCCUUUUGAGGCACUAGGUCUUUCCUUCAAGCAAAUGGGUAUGUUCACUACUGCUACUAAGGAAGAUGUUAUGGAGGCUGUAGGUUGGAACAUUAUAGGGAGAGACUUUCUUAUUGUAAGUCUACAUGUUUUUAUUAUAACGAUGGUUAAAGUUUGAAUUUUCCAAAUAUAUCAAUUUCAGGGCUCAAAUCAACAAAAUUUAGCUUUACAAAGGCGAUAAGGCGUAGCGGAGGGUUAUAGUCUUGGGAUCUAGUUAAUGCAUCUGUAACAUCCAGUUUCAUAGCUCAUUCUUCCGUGGUAAAUCUUUCUAUCAAGUGUUUACACAUGUUUCACUAUUAUAUCCCUCAUUCCAUGAGAUUACUCUACUUAUGUUGUUCCCUA